AUGCGUUUCCUCGAGUCCAGCGCCGCCUUGGCUGCGCUCGCUGUCGUUGGCGAGGCCUCAACGCCCACCGGUCACGUGCACGCUGUCCGUCCAGCAUCCCUGCUGCAGCGCCGCGGACCCCAAGUCUUCCCCAAGGACUGGCAGCCCGACGUUGAGAACUGGGGAGCUGCUCCGGAGAAGCCCAACGAGAUCACGGUGGAAGCCGUUCCCGAGGCGAAGACUCUGGUCACGUCGGAUGCUCUCCAAAACGACAUCGACUCUGCCGCUCUGCUCGACCACGCCGAGAACCUGCAGGCCAUUGCCUACCAGACGACGGGCCGCAACCGCGUCUUCGGCAGCCCCGGCCACAACUUCACCGCCCUCUACCUGUACGAGCUCGUCUCGGAGCUGAGCGAGUACUACGACAUCGAGUACCAGCCCUUCGUCGAGACCUUCUCGGGCGGCGACGCCACCUUCAGCGUCAAUGGCGAGGAUCAGGACGCCGCGCUGAUGACGUACGCACCCAACGGGCAGGUCGAAGCGCCGGUGGUUGCUGUGUCGAACCAGGGCUGCGAGCCGUCCGACUUCCCUGCAGAAGUCGAAGGCGCCAUCGCGCUGAUCUCCCGCGGCACUUGCGAAUUCGGUCUGAAGGCCGCAUACGCCGGCGCCGCAGGGGCUGCGGGAGCCGUUAUCUACAACAACGUCAACGGCUCGUUGAGCGGUACGCUCGGUGCCCCCAACCGCACCGAGGGCGCCUACCCGCCCACGGCGGCCAUCUCCCUUACCGCUGGUCGUGCCAUUCUGGCGCUGCUCGAGGCGGGCGAGGUGAUUGGCGAUCUCAACGUCAACUCCAUCAUCGAGGAUCGCGUCACGAUGAACGUCAUUGCGCAGACCAAGUCGGGCGACCCUGACAACGUCAUCUUCGUCGGCGCGCACUCCGACUCGGUUGAGGCGGGCCCUGGCAUUAACGACAACGGGUCCGGUUCCAUCGGAAUCCUCGAGGUUGCCCUGCAGCUGGCCAAGUACGAGGUCAACAACGCGGUGCGCUUCGCGUGGUGGUCGGCCGAGGAGUUCGGUCUGCUGGGGGCCGAGUAUUACGUGAACCAGUCGACGCCCGAGGACCUGGAUAAGAUCCGGCUGUACCUCAACUUCGACAUGAUCGCGUCGCCCAACUACUUCCUGGGCAUCUACGACGGCGACGGAUCGGCCUUCAACCUGUCGGGCCCGGCGGGAUCGGCGGAGGCGGAGGCGCUGUUCGAGGGCUACUUUGCGAGCAAGGACCUGCCGUCGCAGCCGACCGAGUUCAGCGGGCGCUCCGACUACGGGCCGUUCCUGGACGUCGGCGUGGCGGCCGGCGGGCUGUUCACCGGCGCGGAGCAGAUCAAGACGGAGGAGGAGGCGGCGCUGUACGGCGGCACGGCUGGCGUGGCCUACGACGAGAACUACCACCGCGUCGGCGACACGGUCGACAACCUGAACCUCGAGGCCUUCCUGGUCAACACGCGCGCCAUCGCCCACGCCGUCGCGACCUACGCCGACUCGUUCGACACGCUGCCGCCGCGCACCAAGCGCCUCGUCCGCCGCAACCCGCUGAUUCCCAAGGCGAAGGCGACGGGCUGCCACCACAAGCACGAGGAGCCCAAGGCGAGAUAG